UCAAAAGCUCCCAGGCUAUCGCAGAGCGCACUGGAGCCCUGGCCAGCGCGCAGCCUUCCCGGCGCCGGCAAGCAGGGUCUUGGGAAUUCUUACUUGCUUCGGUUCACUCUCCUUCACAAAAACCACUGGAUCUUACAUGCUUCUGUAACCCCCACUUCCACUCCAUGUCCCUAUGAUCCUGUGCCAGCAACAGGACAAGUUCUCUGGGUGUCAGCUGAGUUACUAAGGUAACUCUACUGGUCAAAAGGCAAACCUUGGUAGAACCUCAAGGUCCUUUGGAAGCAUCCAUCUCUCCUCUUUUUUUUUUUAAUUUUUGGUGUGUGUGUCUUCACUGAACAUUCAAAACUGUUUCUUCAAAGGGUUUUGCAAAAACUUAGACUGUUUUCUAAAGCAGAAACACUGGCGUCCACCGCGGAAGCAAUGGGCAGUGUGCGAACCAACCGCUACAGCAUUGUCUCUUCAGAAGAAGAUGGCAUGAAGUUGGCCACUAUGGCAGUGGCCAAUGGCUUCGGGAACGGCAAGAGUAAAGUCCAUACGCGGCAACAGUGCAGGAGCCGCUUUGUGAAGAAAGAUGGGCACUGCAAUGUCCAGUUCAUUAAUGUGGGUGAGAAGGGACAGAGGUACCUGGCAGACAUCUUUACUACCUGUGUUGACAUUCGUUGGCGAUGGAUGCUGGUUAUCUUCUGCCUGGCAUUUGUGCUCUCCUGGCUGUUCUUUGGCUGUGUGUUUUGGUUGAUAGCUCUGCUCCAUGGGGAUCUGGAUGCUUCUAAAGAGAGCAAAGCUUGUGUGUCUGAGGUCAACAGCUUUACAGCUGCCUUCCUCUUCUCCAUUGAGACCCAGACAACCAUAGGCUAUGGUUUCAGGUGUGUUACAGAUGAGUGCCCAAUUGCUGUUUUCAUGGUGGUAUUCCAGUCAAUCGUAGGCUGCAUCAUCGACGCCUUCAUCAUUGGCGCAGUCAUGGCAAAAAUGGCAAAACCAAAGAAGAGAAAUGAGACUCUUGUUUUCAGUCACAAUGCUGUGAUUGCCAUGAGGGACGGCAAACUAUGCUUAAUGUGGAGGGUGGGCAAUCUUCGCAAAAGCCACCUUGUGGAAGCUCAUGUCCGGGCACAGCUACUCAAAUCCAGAAUCACUUCAGAAGGGGAAUAUAUUCCCUUGGACCAGAUAGACAUCAAUGUUGGUUUUGAUAGUGGAAUUGACCGUAUAUUUCUGGUGUCCCCUAUCACUAUUGUCCAUGAAAUAGAUGAAGACAGCCCUUUAUAUGACUUGAGUAAGCAGGACAUUGACAAUGCAGACUUUGAAAUUGUUGUCAUACUGGAAGGCAUGGUGGAAGCCACUGCCAUGACGACACAAUGCCGGAGUUCAUAUCUGGCCAAUGAAAUUCUCUGGGGUCACCGCUAUGAGCCAGUGCUCUUUGAAGAGAAACACUAUUACAAAGUGGACUAUUCAAGAUUCCAUAAGACUUACGAGGUACCUAACACUCCCCUUUGUAGUGCCAGAGACUUAGCAGAGAAGAAAUACAUCCUCUCAAAUGCGAAUUCAUUUUGCUAUGAAAAUGAAGUUGCCCUCACAAGCAAAGAGGAAGAGGACAGUGAAAAUGGAGUCCCAGAGAGCACAAGUACAGACUCACCUCCUGGCAUAGAUCUUCAUAACCAAGCAAGCGUACCUCUAGAGCCCAGGCCGUUAAGGAGAGAAUCGGAGAUAUGACUGGCUGAUUGCGUCUUUGGAAUAUUUAUGUCGCUGCACAGUCUGUUGCUGGUCAGAGAUCCGGGACAGUUAUACAGACCAUGGUACUGGUCAAGAGGUGGGUGAAGGUGAGCAGCCACAAGAGACUAAGGCUAGCACGAAGGUUUCAAGAAAAGACUGUAAGCUGGAUGACUGAUGUAAAGUGCUUUGCAGGCCUCCGAGUGACCCGAUGGCACAUAUCUGUUGUAGAAUGAGUUGUGGGAUUUUAAAUGUAUUGUUUUGUGUUUUUACAAAACUUGAAUAUGCAGGCAAGCCUCAGUUUUGGUAUUUAGCUUACCUGGAAUGCUUCUCUUUAGGGGAACAAGGAUGAUUUUAAUGGCAUAACACAGGCAAGACUCUGCCUUAAUUUUUUGAAAAGCUGCUAACUACAUGAACACAAACUGUAUUUUUGUUGCAGUGUGGUUUAUCUUUUACAUAAUUUUAAAAAGUCAGUGUUGAACAUUGUUGAAGGCGCACAGUGUGCUUCAAAGUGUCAAGUAUUUGGCUAUUAACUGCCAAAAUGAGAGCCUGAUUUUCUGAGGCCAGUAAUUUGUUUGCUAAAAUUGAUCUCUCUGAUCUCCAAUCUCUCUCUCUCUCUCUCUCUCUCUCUCUCUCUCUCUCUCUCUCUCUCUCUCUCUCUCUCUCCCUCUCCCCACUUUCUCGUUACGUAAGGGCAUUAUGUAACACUAGCCAAAUGGUAGCCUCUGGGUUUUAUACUUUUCCUUUCCACGACACUAAUAGGUUAUCUCAAAUUUUCAGUUAGAUUACCUAAAAUAAAUACCAAAGAUAAUGCACAUUUUUUUGCACAGUGGAGUUAAUAUUAAAAAGGAAAAAAAAAGCCCCAUGGGUUGUCUGGGAAAUCCAGAGACUAACUUUGAACCUCAACAAGAUGUUGAACAGCCUGUUCGUUCUGCACCUUAGUCUGAAAAAGAGCAUCAAAGUCGAUAAAUGUGUGUUUUCAAUUUUGUUCUUCUGUGCAUCCUUCUUAUUUGAAGAGGAAGGGAAAAAGAACAUGGGUCACACCUACAUGCACACUGUACUAACGUCUUUCUUUCCCUGAUAGAUAGUGUUGAUCAGGCUAAUGUAUUCAAAGGAGAGAGAGAGUGAUACUCAGACAUUUCUGAGCUUUCCUCUUUCUGCACAUUCCAAAGCUUAUUCCAUAAGAUCAGAUCUUGCUUGAACUUUGUGGUAACCUGGCAUUCUCUAAACAGAGACAUCCAGCAUGGAAGAUAGAUAGAUUUCAAAUUUUGCAGCUGAAUCAUGGCCUUGACUGUCAGAGUAUUUCUAGCUUGGUAUCAUAUUAGGAAAGAUAUCUGGCCUCUAGGCUUGUCCUUCUGAGGCAUCUGCAGAGAAUCAACAUGGACUAAAUAUGACAAAGCAGGGGAUUUCUCUCUCUCUCUCUCUCUCUCUCUCUCUCUCUCUCUCUCUCUCUCUCUCUCUCUCCCCCCCCCCCUCUCUCUCUCUGUAUGCGCACGUGUGUGUGUGUGUGUGUGUGUGUGUGUGUGUGUGUGUGUGUGUGUUUAUGUGUGUGCCACUUCAAUGCAAAAAUCUGCUUUAUAAGGGAGAGGGAAGCUGCCUUUUUAAUGGCAGAAGGUAGGAGAGAAUGUCUCAGUAUUUUAGAGUCUUAGUGAGCCAUAUAAACACAACACAAUUACAAGCUAAUGAGUUAAUAGUCCAAAGGGUUAUUUCUCUCUGUGUACACACUCAUGAUUAAUGUGAGCUGGCCAUUGUCUCUUAUACAGUCCCAGAGCAGGUUACCAAGGACACAUUAUUUUCUAGAACCCUCUUCUGCCUCGUCACCUGCCUUGAUGAAAACAUCUCUCCCCACCCUCAAUCUAGCCCAAUAAUGCAAGUCUCCCUUCCUUUCCAUCUUUAGAUUUAAAAGUCCCCUACUUGUGGAUCCUAGGGCUGCUAAUUUUGCUUUUUAGUUGGAGUCUGAAAAUCAACUCUCUAAUGGUAUUGCAUCCUAAUAUGCCAUUAAAAAUCAGCUUGUUCUAGAAUCAUGUAUUUUGUUUCAGUUGAUGAUUGUGCUGGUCUGUGGCUUGUGAGCAGCCGUAUCUGAAUGCAGUGCCUGUAAAAUGAUGACAGUUUCUGCUGUUUUCAACUAUCUUAAGUCAAUGGUUUGAGAGCUCUGGGUGUUAUUUAUCAUUGAAAUCAAGAGGGAAGUGUUGAGAAAGGGGUUCUAAUUGUACAUCCAUGUGUAAAGGCAGGGUUGGGAAGUUGCUUGAAGAGUUGGAAGAGUCAGUUGAAGAGAAAACAGACUGGCUUUCGACAGUGCGAGGCCAUGGAGGGCUUCAGAUGCUGCUAUUAAGGUGAUUUGCAAAGGAAAACUAUCAAACCAAAGAGUAUUCAGUGGAAUGUAAACCACAUGAAGAUGCAGUGGAGAAUAGAGGUGACCACCUGGAGUUUCCUCCAAACAUACAGUGCUACCACUUAAAAAGACUUGAGCUAUUUGAAAAGGGGUGGGUACAGGGACAAGAAAAGAGGGAGGGGAAUCUUUCAACUCAUUUCUUAAAAAGAAGAAAGCAUCUAAAAUUUCUGGUGCAUAGGUUUGUUUUUCUUUCUUUUUUUUUUUUCAAGAAACUUUUGCAGAAGCUACAUUUUUGAAGUGUACAUUUUAUAAAGUUUAUCAGAUAUUUUCAUAUUUAAAGCCAAAUGUAAAUAGAAAUCUGUAAAGGAAAAAAAAUACAAUACCAUAGGAGGUUUAAUUAUAGCAGGGGUUCUGAGAGCUAGCACCUAUUAUGCUACCGGUUAGCAUGGUUUUAGUGGCUAUUACCAGCCUUUGGAGGUUCGUUUUGGUAUGUUCUUCUGUUAUUUAUUUCAGCAUGGACUGUUCUUUUGAGAGCUUUUUGUAGUUACUAGCAUUUUAAUAGUUACAAGCUUUAAAUGGCUUUUUGUUUUGUUUUUGCCAAGAGCCAAGACAUAGGUAAUGCACGGCAUUUCUCCCUGCAUUUUUACCUUCAGAAUAUCUGUCUUUAUUGACUGGGCCUCCGGAACUAGUGUACACAACUGCCACUAGUAAGCAGAUGGAGAGACUCACUUUGAACAUCUGGGAUUCAUUCCCAGAUGCCCGUUGCUUCCCUGCUGCAAGCAAAUCCCUCUAGGAUGUAUUCCCUUUUAAAGAAUGUUUGCCCAUAUCUGGAUGGGCAUUAUAUAUAUUUUUUUGGAGGGGGGAGGCAUAGAUUCCUGGUUAUUCUAUUUUUAAAUAAAAGGUAGACAAAGUGAAUUCUAUUUUGAUUAUUGAGAAAGGAAUAGUUUUCUAUCCCUCUAAGAGUAUACUUGAAUCAGACAUUUUUAGAAUGUCGUAUAGCACUGUAGUCAUUUCCAAAUCCCUAGAGAAAGUUCCUUUGACUCCAUUCUUGUUCUGUUAGUGCAUUAUUCAUUGUCUUUCACUUCCUUUCUCCCCAUAUACUCCCUCCCUAAAUCUUGCUGUGUGUCUGAUGACCUUGGUUCCCCAAAGAUGUUCCUCUUGUAGACAACAAAUGUCAGCUUUUAUCUUAUAAUCAGUCACCUCCUAAAAGCAAACAGCUCAUCCAAAGGGGUGGCUUAAGCUCCCCAUCACUCUGUUUAAUGACGUUAAGGUGGAAAGUAUAAAAGUGUUGCAUUAUUACAUCCCCUCCCACAACCUUCCAUAAACUAGAGUUUCUUUCCUAGGAAUGUUAGGUUUCAGCUCUGGGCUCUGGCGAGAUGAACAAUCCUAGCCUUUGACAAUCAUGAUAGUUAUUAUUUUCCCAUCUGCCAUCUUUUUGUACCUAAAGUCUUCCUAUUGCACUGCACAAACCAUGGGUUGUACAUAUUUUUUAUAUAUUAUGUCUUAUUUUAUUAUUUCUAAAUAAAAAAUAAAAUUGAAAAUGAA